CCACCGACGUGCUGCCACGACGCUCACCGACCUCUCGUCCGCUCUUCUCUUCCGCCCUCCCCGACACCAGCCCGCCGUGGCACCGCUGUCUGGCACCACAUGCUGCACCCGGCGCCGCCUUCCCCAGCCGCCAUGCAAGAUACCUGAAAUCCAUGUCAACGGCCUGUUAAGCCUCCGCUCUCUCCCCUUGCCCUUGCUUCUGCUCUAAAUAACUCACCCGCCGCUGUCGCUACCCGCAAGCAUACCAAGCUCGAAAAUACCAGUCCUGCCCCACCACCAAACAACCCUGCCGCAGCAGCUUCUCGUUUCACCACUUCGACGCCAUCGUUGCACCUGCAGCAGCUGGGACUCCCGGCUAGUACCUCUUAAUCAUGGUCAAUGCCGCCCUUGGCCAGACAAUCACUGUUGUGAACAAGUCGGGCAAGGUUGUCAGCACUAGCAAGCACCUCGUCAACGUCUUCAAAGAAGCAAAGUCGGCUUACCGUGAGCGCAAGGCCGAAAUCAAGGCUGUACGCGAUGCCGAGAUAGAAGAGAAGCGGGCCCAGCGCGCUCUGGAAGACUUCCACAUCGACGACGAUGACACCAAGUCGCGGCGCUCGCACAAAUCGCGGUCUCGCCGCAGCAUUGCACCACUGAAGCGCGGUUACACCGAUAGCUGGAUGGCCGACGAACAAGCUGGAAAGCCCGUGGAGUCGCCGAUUCGCGAGGAGGCUAACGAUGCCCAUCGGAACCAGCUCGUGCGCCGAUAUACCGAAGGUCCAAUGUCCCUUUUCAGCAAGAAGAAAUCCAAGGAGGAUGACAUCGACAUGGACCUUGCCUACGGAGAGCUGCCCCCUCCCAUGCCUGAGCAACGCUCGGACGAAGAGCAGGAGCUUCGGGACAAGAUGAACAGCCUGACCCGCAUCUUGGACGAGGCUCAAUGCGUCCAUUACUCAGUCACUACCAUGAUUGACAGUCUGCAAAAGAACCCCGACGCACUAGCUGCGGUAGCGCUCACUCUGGCGGAGAUCAGCAAUUUGGUUGCUAAGAUGGGCCCUGGAGUUUUGAGCGUGCUCAAGGUUAGCUUCCCCGCUGUCGUCGCCUUGCUCGCCAGUCCUACUUUCAUGAUUGCCGCCGGCGUCGGUGUUGGAGUGACAAUCGUUGCGCUUGGCGGCUAUAAGAUCAUCAAGAAGAUGACAGAGACGCCGGCAGAGCCUGCGCUUCCAGCCGGUGGCGAAGUGAAGGCCAUCGAGCAGGUCCAGGAGGAGGAGCCGGUUUUGGACGAGCUGCAGCCGCCAGAGCUCAGCCGGAUCGAGAGAUGGCGCCGUGGCAUAGCGGACGUAGCAGCUGACAGCAUUGGGACCAGCGUCGACGGUGAGCUGGUCACGCCGGAAGCUGCUCAGUAUUACAUCAAGGAGGGUGUCUUGAAGGAAGACGACCUCAAGUCGAGGAGAUCGUCGCGGAUCAAGAGAUCCAAGUCCGUUGCGUCGGGCAAGACUCAAAAGACGCAUAGGACCUCCAAGACGGAAAAGUCACAGAAGCCUGAGAAGACGGAGAAGGCCAAGAAGAAGAAAGAGCCUUCCGGCAUUCGCAUGCUGUUUUCCACCCACUAGCGGAUUGGUUGGUCUACCUCAUUUUGGAGUUUUGGCGGCUGGCAUUCAAGCGUUUUCGCAUGAUUUAUCUUUUAGACGUAUCUGCAUCGGCUGCACGGUUGAUUACUCUACUACAUAGUUGUUUUUCUUUGCGGAUACCCCGCAGUGUUUUUCUUCCUGGAAUUUCGGGCUUCGGAGGGAACCUCACGAGUUGCACGAUCAAUACAACCAUUAUCAAACACCCA